AUGGCAGCAGAAGACCCAAGAAGAUCGAGUACAAGCCCUCCGAAAAAACCAAGACAUCCAGAUGACAGGGAUUACGAGGAGAGAACUACAGAGGAAAGCAUAAACAAAAUGAAUGAAUUGAUGAGAUUACUAAAAAAGCAGAUAUAUGGAGCAAUGAAAAGAGAGGUAAAGGAAAAUAUAGAUUAUGUAAUCAAAAAUGCUUACGAUAUACUACAAGAACUGUAUAACGGAAUUAUAAGGGAUAGAAAAGAGAUGAAGGAAAUGAGGGAGAAAGUGAGGCUGGGAGAACGGAUAGAGGAGAUGGGGGAAAAGAUGAGAGAGGACAUGGAUAGAAUUGCAAGAAAAAUGGAACAACAACAGGAAGAACUAAUUAAACAAAGGGAAGAAAAAGAAAGGAAUCAAGAAGAAGAGGAAUCUAUACAAACAAAAUAUCUAAGAAUGAUAGAUCAUAAACUGGAGAACAUCAAAAGCAGAGAAGAGGCCCUAUUCGAUAGAUUUUCUGAUAGGACGCUGAAGGACAACGAGAUGACAACGGCAAUCAUCACCAGAAAGCUGGACACGUUGGAAGAGAACCUCACAGCAGAAACUAUUGAACUAGGACGCAAUUUAAUAGAUAGGCUUGGAAGGAGAGAGGAUAAGGAAGAAAGUAGUACAGGAAGAAUGACGGAGGCUAACAUAGUACAGCAAAUAAGAGAAACCGGAAAGGAGAUAACCCUUGAUAUAACAAAAACUAUCGAUACCGUACUUACCGAGUGUAUGCAAGAUCUACAUAACACAAUAACGUAUGGAGGAACGGCACCCGAAGGGAACACGGAAGUAUUGAGUAGAAUGGGGUGUCUCGAAACAAACAUAAAGGAGGAAAUAGAAAAUACAAAGGAAACAAUAACAGGAAAUAUAAGGGAAGUCACAGGCAAGAUAAUAAAAACAAUGGAAGGAAUAACACCACAGGAAAAUACAACACCAGCGGAAGUGCAUGGAUUUAACACCUACGCGGAAACGACGAAAGGCAAACACCAUCGUAAGCCAAAAACGAUGCACUCUCUCCUUAUCGCAUCAAAGAAUAAAAACGAUAUGGCGCAAGAUAUAAUCGAUAAAGCGAAGGAGAUUUUAAAACCGGACAAAAAUGGAAUACAAAUUGAAAGAAUUAGGAAGGUAAAGGAUCAAAGAAUCAUCGUAAGUUGCAUAGAAGAACAAGAGACGGAAAGAAUUAAGGAAAGGAUAGAAGUAAGUGAGGAAUUGGAGGCCGAGAGAGUGAAGAACAAGGACCCACUAAUUAUUAUAAAGGAGGUCAAAUAUAAGCUGACAGAUGAGGAAAUAAAAAAGGCCAUAAGGAACCAAAAUCCGGAUAUCUAUGCAACAGAACAGGAAGAUGACAAUUUUAGAAUAAAAUAUAGACGCAAAACACGAAAUACAGAGAAAUGCCAUAUAAUAGCUCAACUAAAACCAGAGUAUUGGAAAAGGAUUACAGAGAAGGGGCACCUGUACAUUGAAAUGGAGAGAGUGAGGGUCGAAGAUCAGACCCCUCUCAUACAGUGUACGAGGUGCCUCAACUUUGGCCAUGGAAGGAAAUUUUGUCAGGAGAGUGCGGACAAGUGCAGCCACUGCGGAGGGUUACACCUGCGGGCAGAAUGCCCAGACAGGAAAGCAGGAGUCCCGCCGCAGUGCUGCAAUUGUACGCACGCGGAAAUACCGGAAACUGACCAUAAUGCGUUCAGUACCAUCUGCAAGACCAGGGAGAAAUGGGACAGCCUCGCCCGCUCCACAACAGCCUAUGUAUGAGGACAACACAAAACAAGACAUACACAAAAAGAACACAUACAAAAACACAAUAAAAACAUUAAACAAAAAACAUGGAACACCAAUACACAAUCAUGGUUUAAAUGGAAUGAUGACAUUCCAAUUAAAUCAUCGAACAGCAAACAAAAAUAAAAACCAUAGAAGGAAACAUCAUGGAGAUGGAAAACUCUAUGUAGACCCACAACACAAACAACAAGAACAUACAUAUAAAUAGGACAUGACGAAUAAAUUAAGGAAGGACAAAUAAAUAGGAAAAGAAAAAGGAACACUUUAUAUAUUUAAUUAUAUAUAAACAGUGGCCUUAAAAUUAGGAAUAAUAAAAAUAGAUAUAAAAAUAGGAAUAUAAAUAAAAUAAGACUAAAAGAAUAAAAGAAAACAUACAAAAAUAAAUAGUGAAUAAGAAAUAGGAUAAAAUAGAAUAAAAAUAUUAAGGAUAAAGGCAAUAAAACCGAAAUAAAUAUAUACUCUAAAUGGCAUACAGCAUAGUAUACACACAAAAAGGGACAUACAUUAACAAUAGAAUAAUAAAGUAUAACAAUGUAAUAGAAUAAGUAAAUAUAAGAGUUGCAAUAAAAUGUAAAGGAUAGGGAUUUAAGAUAAUAAAUAGAUGUAAACGAUAGAAGGAAACAUAAAGAUGUAAACAGAGUGGAAGACAUAUGUAAUAGAAUAAGAUAGAUAAAAACAAUGUAAAAAUAGAAUAAGAUACUAACUGAGGCAGUCAAUUGUAAAGGAAGAAAAAGGAAAAUGUAAAUAGAAUAAAAAACAUA